AUGAAUUUGUUCAGCCAUGAUGAAAUUAAUUUAUUGGAGGCCGCAUAAGAUGGAAAGUUAGAGUUCAUUAACAAUCAGUUAACAUCAUUGACAUCUCGACAUUUAUAAUAAGCUUGUAAGAAAACAGACUAUUAUGGCAGAAAUGCAUUGCAUUAUGUACAUGAACUACUAUAAUAGGCUGCCUAUCGUGGACAUUACAAAGUUGUAGAAUAUUUUCUUGAUUUAUAAUGUAUAAACAUUAAUUCCUAAGAUAAUAAGGGCAAUACAGCUUUGAUGCUUACCUGUGUUCGUGGGUACAACACAGAUAUCAACACUCUGAAAGAGGGCUAGAAAUUCGCUAUCUGUUCUUUAUUGAUUGAGAGAGGAGCAUCGGUUGAACAAUAUAAGAAAUUAGGAAUAAAUAAUCCAUUGCAUUGGGCUUGCUUCUUUGGAGACUUAAAGACCGCUAAAUUAUUAAUGUACAUAGAGCCGAGUUUAAUGUUGUUUACUAAUGACAGGGAUUAGUUCCCGAUUGAUUUAUCGCUAAUGACAGGUAAAGAGUUGGAUGACAGGGAAGAGGAUGAAAGAGUCCUGGAAUAUAUGAUAAUGAAGUUCUUGGCUCAAUAUCUAGAUAAUGAAGAGCACAGGAAAAAAUUGGAUGUUUUUGAUGAAGAAUAUGAAGCAUUUAAAAAUUUACACAAACAUAACCUAAAUCUUAAGUCCACUUAAUAAUUAACUUAGGUGGGUCUUAGAUAUUUGUUUUGGGCAAGCACCUAAGGUAGAUUAGAUCUCGUAAGACCUCUAUUGAAAUGUAAGUAUUCACCAUUCGAACCAUCUUAUAGGGGAAGGAAUGCUCUUCACGCUGCAGUCUAUCACAAUAGAUUAGAAUUAGUUUAAUUUUACUUGGAAUCUGAUGAAUCCAGAAUAUUUCGAAAAGAAAAUGUAAUCAAUCUUAUGACUAAAGAUAAACCUCAGACUGCCUUACACAUUGCAGUUGAGAGAGGUCACAUUGAAAUUGCUAAGAUAUUAAUCAAGAAAGGAGCUGAUCCAAAUUAUUAUAACUUUCGAAAUCACAGAGCCUUUGAUUAAUCUCGAUUGAAUGAAAUAAAAUAACUUAAGAGAGAACUCUUACAUAAUGACGAAAAAAACUAUCUAAGAUCAGGUUACAAUCACAUAUUGGUUGGUUGGCAAAAGAGCAAAAAUUAGUUAUUGGAAUAACAAUUUAAUAAUAUUUAAAUCAAAAAGAAUAUUGAAAAAGGAUAGUUCAAAUACAUCUCUUACGAAUCUAUUGAUAAACAAUAUACUUAUUAUUGUUUAAAAGUUGAUGAAAGACUUAAGAAUGUGGUUGCUGAUUAGAAUAAGAUGAUGAUUUAUAAUUCAAGGGAAGGGUAUUUGUCUCCAUUUAAUUUAAACAUCUAAGAAUAAUUUGAAAACUUUCAUCAUAUUCAUAAUUAAUAGAUCCUUUUGACUUUAUUAUAUGAUGAAUUUGACAUUGAAUAAUUUAUAAGCGAUGGAUUACUUUUAGAAUAAUUCCCCUUGCAUGACGAAGAAGAAAAAGAGUUAAUCAUUAAAUUCUGGAAAAAUGAAAGGAUUAAUAUCUUAUUCGAACCAUUUCAAUUAAGAAAAUCAACCAGUCGUACCUUCAGUGCCUUAUCAACCUAUUUUGGACCAGAAGUUGGAAUGUUUUUUGUUUUUUUAUGUUUUUUCUCAACCUGGCUAUUUUUACCAGCUAUUCCAGGACUAAUCUUAGGGAUCAUUUCAUAUUUUGAUGAAGAAGCUAUCUAAGCCAUUGCUCCAAUUUAUACUUUAUGUAUGGCAGUUUGGGCAACCAUCUUUUUUGAAUUCUGGAAGAGAAAAUAAAGUGAAACCAUGUAUAAUUUCGAUAUGCAUGUGGCAAAGGAACAAAGAAGAACCAUCCCCUAAUAUAAAGGGUCCUUCAUUAUUGAGGAUGUAACACAUACAAUAGAAAUCAUGGACACAAGGAAUGUACAAUGGAAAUACUUUAAAUCUAAUACUCCCUUGGUACUUUUAGCCUUAGUUUUUAUUGCUGGCUAAUAGACCGGGUAUUAUUAUCUUAAGCAAGUCUAUGAGGAUGAUGAUUUUUAUUAAACUCUAUGGGCUUGUCUUUUGGCCUUAACUGUUUUAAUUACUAAUGAAAUUUUCAAUUUCUUCUCUAAACAUACCCUAAUUUAUGAGAAUCAUCAAUUCCAGGAUGAAAGAGAGAAUGUUUAUAUCUUAAAGGUGUUUGCUUUCACCUUUCUUAACUCUUUUGGUCGACUUUUUUAUCGAAGUAUAAUAAAACCUGAUGAAGUUGAGUUGAAACUCUUCAGUAUCUCAUUUACCAUCACUUGGUCUCUUAUUCAUCUUAUUCGGUAUACCAUAUAUCCAUGGAUAUCCUUUAGUUUCAUUAAAUUAAAAUUCAAUUGGGACUUCAACAAAUAAAAACAAUUAAACAAUAAUAAAUAAAUCAAUACUCAAUAAAAAAUUGGAGACACUGAAACUAGUGGGAUGAAUAAAUCAUUUGAUAAGGGAAUAUCUACUUAAUAUUUUCUUCAGUAAAUUGAAUUAAAUAAAAGAAUGAUAGACCCACCUGAUCAUGUCGAAUAAUUCACUUAUUUUAUGACAUAAUUUUGUAUGGUUACUAUGUUUAGUGCAGGGUCUCAAAUUAUACCAAUUAUAGCCUUGUUUUUUAAUCUACUCAAUAUAGAAGGAUUAUUAUAUGGUUUUAGAAAAUUCGUCAAGAGACCCUUAGCAGAACCAAAAAAGAAUAUAGGAGUUUGGAAUGAUAUCUUAUAAUUAAUUGGCUAUAUUGGUAUUGUUUCAAACUGUUUAACCAUAUAUCAGGCAAAUUAAUAAGAGUUAAAUAAAUUAGUUGGAGCCAAUGAAAAUUCUGAUCAAGAUUAAACCAAUCUUGGACUGAGAAACUUUUUAUUAUUAAUUGUUGCUGAACAUAUAGUUAUAGGAAUCAAGUUCGUAAUAGAAGGAGUAAUUCCAGAUGAACCAGAGUGGGUUGAAUUAGUCUUGAAAAAAGAAGAAUAUCUAUCUGAACAAAAUAAAUCAAAUAUAAAAAAGAAUGACUCUAUUAAACCACUAGAAAAUAAGGUAAAAUAAGAUUGA